GGGGGCAAGAACGAACCAGCCUGGCACUAGAUAACCCGGGGAAUCUAGGCAGCCUCGAGAAGAGAAGAGCCAUGGCUCCAAAGCGCAAGCCCCCGGUGCAACAUGCGGGUCCUGAAAAAAAGAAGGGGCGUCAGGGGGCAGAGGAGGAGGACAGCUUCCACUCCACUGCCAAGGCUCUCAGAGCUGCACCCACGGAGAAGCACAUAGUCCGAGUGGAUCCAGCAUGCCCACUCAGCCACAGUCCCAGGACUCAGGUGCAUGAAGACUACGCCUGCACCCUGAACCAGACCAACAUCGGGAGCAACAACAACAAAUUCUACAUCAUCCAGCUACUGGAAGAGGGUGACCGCUUCGCCUGCUGGAACCGCUGGGGUCGUGUAGGAGAAGUGGGCCAGUCAAAGCUCAGCUAUUUCGUGUUACUGGAGGAUGCAAAAAAGGACUUUGAGAAGAAGUUUCGGGACAAGACCAAGAACAGCUGGGUGGAUCGGGACCAUUUUGUGGCCCACCCGGGCAAGUACAUGCUUAUUGAAGUACGGGGAGAGGACGAGGCCCAGGAAGCCAUGGUGAAGAUGGUUGGAGGCCCAGUAAGGACCAUGGUUCAGCAGGUGCGGCCCUGCUCCCUGGACGCAGCUACACAGAAGCUCAUCACCAACAUCUUCAGCAAAGACAUGUUCAAGAAUGCCAUGACCCUCAUGAACCUGGAUGUGAAGAAGAUGCCCCUAGGGAAGUUGAGCAAGCAGCAGAUUGCACAGGGCUUCGAGGCUCUGGAGGCACUGGAGGCAGCCCUCAAAGACCCUACGGAUGGUGGCCUCAGCCUGGAGAAGCUAUCCUCCCACUUCUACACUGUCAUUCCCCACAACUUUGGCCGCAAUCGGCCCCCAUCUAUCAACUCCCCUGAGCUUCUGCAGGCCAAAAAGGACAUGCUGCUGGUGCUGGCAGACAUCGAGCUGGCUCAGACCCUGCAGGCAGCCCCUGAAGAGGAGAAGGUGAAGGAGGUACCACACCCACUGGACCGAGACUAUCAGCUCCUUAAGCGCCAGCUCCAGCUGCUCGACUCCGAGGCACCCGAGUACAAGGUAAUAUAUACCUACUUAGAACAGACUGGCAACACCUACAGGUGCCCUGUUCUUCAACAUGUUUGGAAAGUAAACCGAGAAGGGGAGGGAGAUAGGUUCCAGGCCCACGCCAAGCUGGGUAAUCGGAGGCUGCUGUGGCAUGGCACCAAUGUGGCUGUGGUGGCCGCCAUCCUCACCAGUGGGCUUCGCAUCAUGCCACAUUCUGGUGGCCGCGUUGGCAAGGGCAUCUACUUCGCCUCAGAGAAUAGCAAGUCAGCGGGCUAUGUUACUGGCAUGUCCUGCGGAGCCCACCAAAUUGGCUACAUGUUCCUGGGUGAGGUGGCACUGGGCAGAGAGUACCACAUCACCAUCGACGAGCCCAGCUUGAAGCAGCCACCCCCUGGCUUCGACAGUGUCAUUGCCCGAGGCCACACAGAGCCUGAUCCAGCCAAGGACACCGAGCUGGAGCUGGAUGGACAGCGAGUGGCGGUGCCCCAGGGCCAGCCCGUGCCCUGCGCAGAGUUCAGCAGCUCCACCUUCUCCCAGAGCGAAUAUCUCAUCUACCAAGAGAGCCAGUGUCGCCUGCGCUACCUGCUAGAGGUUCAUCUCUGAGCUGUCCCCCUACCCUUGCCCCGGGGCCUGCUGGCCGCUAGACCAUCAUCUCAACCUUCCUGCCCAUCCCCCAUAUCACCC